AUGUCCUCUAUGAGCCCACGCAAAUCGAUUGAUAGCUUGGCCUCGGGUACAUCCACGCCCUCGCUUUCUCAAUUCUCGCUCAAUCAGAUCGAAUCUCCCCGCGUUCCGCCUCAGAAGUACCCUUUGCGAAGAGGAUCAACUGCCAGCUCCAUAGCUAGCAUUGGAGGGGUCCUUGAUCCAUCCCAACACCACGGUUCAAUCGCGGAGUCGGGACAAAAUGCAAUUUCCACCCUUCUUCAGCCGCCGAUCGUCCGCACAGGUCUUGUUCCGCAUACCGCCGUAGCGUCCACUGGGUACAAGCCGCCCAGCACACGAGACAUCCCUCCGGUCACAUUGACAAAUAUUCCCCAUGUUGACUCCAAAGCCUUUCAGCCGUACCUGUCGCAGGUUGGGUCACUAUACGAAGUCUUUCAGCAGGCAAAAGAGGGUACAGCCGAUCAGGAUGCUCAACUGGCCCGGGAUGGCAAGACUGCUUCGAGAUCGGACGAGCAAGGCUCGCUGAUGCCAAUACCUAUGGAGAGACGAGCGUCCGUGCUGUCAACGAGUUCCAGAGCAACAUCGCCUUUUGAUCCACGGGGCAGAAGGCGGUCGUCGGCUGGUCGAGGUCGCGGCCAGGGCAUCACCCCGCUGUCUGUAAUUCCAUCGGUCUAUUUCGAAGAUGACUUUCACCUUGAAAACCCUCGGACGUUCGAUGUGGUAUCCGAGAAGUCGGAAGUUGUAAGACCUCCCAAGUUGCCAGGAAAGGACGGCCAAGCGACCAAUGAAUCGGCCGCUGAAACAGCAAACACCGGGAGAAAGGCGCUUGCCACAAAUGCAAUCCUACAAGAAAAACUUUCGUGGUACAUGGAUACUGUCGAGGUCCACCUCAUCUCUUCCAUCUCGACUGCGUCUAAAUCAUUUUUUACCGCGCUGGGCUCCCUGCGUGAGUUACACUCCGAGGCAGCCGAUUCGGUCAAUAGGAUACAAAUCCUACGCAAAGACCUCCAAAAGAUUGACCGUGAGAUGGCGUUGGGUGGGUUGAAAAUUGUCAAUCUUCGACGCCGCAGGGAGAAUGUGCGAAUGCUCGCGGACGCGGUAUCCCAGCUGCGGGAUGUGGUUCAGUCAGUUGCCAGAUGCGAGGAAUUAGUUGAGAACGGGCAGAUCGAGGAAGCUGCAGACGGUCUUGAAGAAGUGGAGCGAUUGAUGGCUGGGGAGCAGACCGCCAAUACCGGCGAGGAUGGUGCAUCCCAAGCUCAACCCAGGAGGCCGAUCGACUUGCGGAGACUCAAGGCCCUCGACGGUGCGUCCGAUGACCUUGCGCAACUGAGGUAUCGGAUAGGCAUGGGAUACGAGAACCGGUUCUUGAACGAUCUACUCGGGGACCUGCGCAAACACAUUGAGAAUGUCCCCUCGGAUGUGACACUACAACGCUGGGGCUCAUCGUUCCAACGACAACGCGGAGCACAGCGCUCUGGUGCCUCGGCGUCUCCAGCUUAUAUGAAGUUUGACGAAGAUGUGAGAUCACGACUACAUACGAAUCUGAUUGGCCUCGCCCGUGCGCAAUACACGACGCCAGCAGCGACUUCGUUCAAGACAGCAGUUCUUCGAGAAAUGAAGGGCCUCAUCCGGAAACACAUGCCUAGCUCCAGCGAUGAUGACAGUGAGUCGGUGGUGUCAGUCUCUACGCACAGGUCCCAACAACGUAGCCAACAAGAGAAAUCAUCGAUACUGGCUCGCAACCUGCGCGCUCUAGACGCGGAGGAUGCCUACAUUAUGCUUACUCGAGUCUACACCGGCAUCAGCGAGUCGUUGCGGAGACUUAGCGUUCAAGUCAAAGUCCUUCUCGACAUCGCCAGUGGGCUUGAAGGUACUGCAACUGCUGGCCUCAGUUCACCACCUCGAAGUCCCGACCCACAGAGUAUGACCAACCCUAUGGGUCCUCGGCUGCCAGCGACCAUUCAAGCGCAGGACGAAAUCUUACAGGUUCUGGACAUGUCCAGCCUUCUGGGACAGGCUGUUGACAUUGCUCAGUCACAGAUUACGAAGGUAUUGAAGGUUCGGUCGGAACAGACAUCUCAAUUGCCCAAGGAGGAGUUUCUCCGGUACUUCACACUGAAUCGACUUUUCGCCGACGAAUGUGAGGCUAUUUCUGGAAGAAGCGGCACAGCCCUGAAGACUGUUGUCGGCAACCAGAUCCGCGACUAUAUUAACAGAUUUGGGGAGAAUCAACGGCACCGUCUCGUCGACGUGAUGGACUCUGACCGUUGGGACGCGCGUGAUUUUGGCGAGACUGAGACUGCCAUUCUCAGCAAAAUUCUCGAUGCAAGCACCAAGGAUGUUGAAGCCUGGAUCGCCGUCUCUAGGAUCUGGUCGCCGCAGGAACAGCACGAGCAUGCGAGAACAGAUUCCGCUGCUACCAAUGGCGCAGGCAAGGACAAGGUGCGCAGUGCUGUGAUUGACGAGCAGAAAUAUAUUCUUCCCGAAUGCGCGGUGGCGAUGAUGAAGAGCAUCGAGGAGUUUCAGUUUCUUAUGGCCAAUAUUCCAAGUAUGAUGCAGGAUAUAGCCCCUGGUCUGUUGGAGUCAUUGAAGUUAUUCAAUUCUCGAUCCUCGCAACUCAUUCUGGGUGCUGGGGCUACGAGGAGCGCGGGGCUGAAAAAUAUUACCACCAAACAUCUCGCUCUUUCCUCACAAGCUCUGAGCUUUAUUAUCGCCUUGGUACCUUAUAUAAGGGAAUUUGUGCGACGGCAUGCGCCGUCGAGCCCUCUGAUGGGCGAAUUCGAUAAGGUCAAGCGGCUGUACCAGGAACACCAAUCUGGGAUCCAUGAGAAACUCGUCGACAUCAUGAGCGGCCGGUCUUCCGUGCACGUCAACGCAAUGAAAAAGAUUGAUUGGGACGCAACGGCGGGAUCGAAUCAUGUCAACCCGUACAUGGAGACCUUGACGAAAGAAACGGGCACGUUGCACCGUGUUCUGAGCAAACACCUGCCGGAGACAACAGUCAUGAUGAUCAUGGACCCCGUGUUCAGAAUCUACCGCGAUCAAUGGACCCGAGCUUUUGAAGAGGUCACCGUCCGCACAGAAGCCGGUAAACAGAGGAUGCAACGGGAUGCAGAGUAUCUCCAGACCAGGCUAAGCAAGAUCGACGGCUUCGGAGACUUAGGACAACGUCUGGUUGAAUUGGUCCAGGGCAAGAGUACUUCGUCGCCGGACGAGAAGCCAGCAGCAUCAACCGAGUCACCGAAGGAAUCGCCCCGGGAGACCAGCGAAGAGAGCUCGAGGAGUUCCUGA